GUGGGAAUCCAAACGAUUUCUUUAUCUCACUACCGGUUUGAGUACCAUAGCAAUGUGAUAAAAGUAUUUUGUUUAACUUCAGAUAGUUUUCUUUAAGAAUUGGUUAUCUCUUAUCGGCACUCCACUUUGGUUGGUAUUGAAACGGGUGACAAUUAUCUAGAAUUAAGAUUAGCACGGAUUCAUUUGUGAAAUGUACCAUCAGUCUGGGGCAAGGUGCAGUAGAGUUUGAGUCACUGCCAGCGACUCUUUGCAGUGGUGAAUGGUUUAAAUUGUGAUUUGUCGAAGGAGGCCAAUGAGGAUGCUGACUGUGUACUUGAUAUGUGCUUUUGCUUCAGUCGAAGGUUCAUCACUUUGGUCUCUUUCACAAUUGUCUGACAAAGGGCUACAUUUUCUUGAGAAGCGUGAUUCUAAUGACAGUGUUCGAGUAGAAGCCUAUGUGCAGGAUGUUUCACCUGUCAAAACAAUCAAAUUUUUACUCUUCACCGGGAAAUUUCAUAAUGGUGUUGAACUGCAUGACAAUGAUAAUUCAACCUUGAAGGAAUCAGGGUUCAAUCCUGAAAUGGAAGUGAAAAUUAUAAUACAUGGAUUUGCUAAUUCUGCCUCUUCAAAGUUCAGCACACUCUUGAAAAAUGCAUAUUUGAAGUACAAGAAGGUCAUGAAUGUAAUCGUGGUCGACUGGAGUGAAUACUGCAAGCCUCCGUUCUACUCUUCUGCUGUGGAUAGUGCUAAACAGGUUGGUGCAGCGACAGCAGACCUGAUCACCUGGUUGAUGUCCAGAGGAGUUUCGCUGUCUCGAGUUCACAUCCUUGGGCACAGUGUUGGCGCUCACAUUGCUGGGGUGGUGGGGAGAAUCAUCUCUUACCGGGGCUUGGGACAAGUGAGGAGAAUCACUGGCCUGGAUCUGGCCAAGCCGAUGUUUGAGGUGGAGGCUGCUAGUGUUCGCCUCAGUCUGUACGAUGCACAGUUUGUAGACUGUAUCCACACCUGCGGUGGAUUCCUUGGUCUUUCAGAUGCUGUCUGCCAUGUCGACUUCUACCCCAACGGUGGAACCAGUCCACAGCCGGGAUGUCAGUUUGACUUUUUCGGUAUCUGUAGCCACCAGAGAGCCUACAAGUAUUAUAUUGAAACUAUAUCUCACCCUCGUGCCUUCAAGGCCAUUGGAUGCUCAGCAGUAGAGAACUACAGCCCGACUGACUGCACUGCUAAGUCAGAAACAUUCAUGGGAGAGAAUCUAGAUUUAGGGACUAGAGGAAUAUUCUAUUUUGCAACGGCUUCUUCGUCUCCUUUCUCUCUAAAGGAUUACACAAUGUCAAUCACAGAUUUCCAAAGGUUUUCUUGGUAUUUUAUGUGAUUAAAAAUUGUACUAAUUUUUA